AUGAAAGCGGCUCCACUCCUUAUUGGAUCCGUCAUUGGGUCUUUUGCAGCGGUUUGGAUAAUUUUACAUCCUCUUCAUCCAGAAGAUAGAAUAUCAAUUGUUCAAGGAGUAUGUUUAAUGGGUUUAGGAUUUAUUUUUUUCAUUUCAAUGUUUGAUCUGUCUAAUUAUUUCAUGUUUUAUACGUAUGAAGGAAAAAAAUUUGCUAAAAAAUAUAAACUCAGCCUUUAUGAUGUUAUGGAUAUAUCGAACAAAGUUGUAUCUGCUGUGCAAGCAGUUCUCUCGAGUAUUUGCGGAACUAUUGUUUGCACUUUUUCUUGUCCGAGAAAUAUGUUAAGAACAUCUCAUUUUAUGUCUCAGGCUUAUGCCUGGUUUGGAGCUUCUUAUUUUUUAUAUGAUGUUUAUUCAAUGUUUAUGAUUCAUAAUCUUUCUCCGAAAACAAUCAAUAGAUUAAAUGCACGUAGUUUAACCAAAGAAAACGAAAUCGUUGAUGAUAACCAAAUACUAAAAGCUAGUCAUUUUACAAAAGUUAAAGAUUUUAUUUACCAUCAACCGAUUAUUAUUAUUCAUCAUUUAUUUAUUGGCCUUUUCGGUUUUUUAGUCGUCGUUCAUUUGAGAAAAAAUUUUGGCGAUUGCGUUUUCGGAUUAAUUUUUUUAAUGGAACUUUCAACUCCAUUCGUAUCAUUUAGAGGAAUAUUAAGUAGAUUACAUUUGAAAGAAUGUAAUCUUUAUCUUGUUAAUGGAAUUGUUAUGAUAGCAGUAUUUUUUAUGUGCAGAAUAUUUUUGUUCAUUUGGUUAUUCAAGCUGUUUUAUCUCUUCCAACUGUUUGCAGAAUAA